GGAAUUAAAAAAUAUAUUUAUAGUAAAACUCCAAUAAGCCAAGCAAUGACAAAUAAUUUACUAUCAGUAUCUGAUAGAUAGGGAUUAUUGGCCGACACAGAUACCCGUGAUAACACCGUAUCGCUCCCCCAUUUCCAUACACAACCAUCCAUUUUUGGUGCACAAGUGUAAAUAUCGUAGAACGUUAGUCAUUUAACAUUAAACAAUAUCCGAGUGAAGAACACGUGCGUGUUUAAGUAGAUAUAAGGAAAAAUAUGUUUAAAAUGUUCUAUGAAAUUAUGUGAAAAUGUUUAUAAUUAGUGUGUGGCUAAUUUCGAUAGCAGCGGGUGGUGUGUGGUCGCUGGAGCAAAAUGUUACAGUUAUCAGAGAGAGGUUGGAAUUUGAUCAAGAGUAUACGUACACCGUACAAUACAAUACUGAAUAUAUUUUGGAAUUUGUACCAUCAGUCGAGGAUGGGAAGUGGCCGAGUCGAGUGUGGGUCAGUGCGGACGGCGUCGAUACUUCGCGCCCUCUACUGAUCACCUACAGACAAACAGCUGGUGCGGGCACUUGGCAACUACCGUACUACACGGGUGACGAGCUCCAGUAUGAAUUCGAGCGUUCACUGUGCCCGGACGAUAGCGUCGUAGGAAACAGUUCAUACUGUGGCGGCGAGCGGGAAGCGCGCGGCGAGUUCUCGCUGCACGUGGUGUCGGCGUGCGCGGCGCCGGUAACAGUGCGGCUGCGCGCGCGCAUCGCCCGCGACUGGCUGCUGCCCUUCGAUCACUCUAUAUCCUUCACCGCUUCACUGACCGCACCACAGGUGCACCACUACCGUUUCUUGGAGGAACAAGGGAGCGUGCGACUACAGAUCACCGCCGAUGACGACGUGUGCGCGAUUGUCGCGGUGCAGAACUAUUCGUGUCCCAUAUUGGAAAUGGUAUCCGACAUAGAAGGUUCCACGGUGCGGAUGACUAUGCAACGUUCCGGCGCAGUGCAGGUCUCGCGCAGCAAAUAUCCUCUGGGGUUCUACGUGGUGGUGGUGGUACUAGAGACGGACAUCCCGUGCAUUGGAGACGAGCCGGCGUCAGACGACUGGCUGUGGCAGGUGGCCAUGGGCGUUGAAAGCUUACAGCGAUCAGAACCACCGCGGGAGAAACGACUCGACCUUGUUAUCCGGCCAGCGUUAUCGCGGUCGCAGUAUGUGAUCGCGUCAGUGGUAUCGACGGCGGUGUUCCUCGGGUUCUACGUCGGAUUCGGAGUGUUGGUGCUGAUGCAGCGGUGGCCUACAUUCGGCAAAUACGUUUGGCCGAAAGCCGUGCUCGCCAAGAAGAAUGUUGAGAACGGCGAAACUCAAGUGGACAGUGGAUAUCCUGAUGUGGAGACCUCAACGCACCGACGCCGCCGUCGCGGCUCCGACGCGACCUUCGACAGUAGUGACAACAGCGAUUCGGAUGAGGAACUACCGACGGUGACUACCACGCCUAGCCAUGUAGCGAGCCCUGCUAGUCCAGCCUCGCCUGCGGACCCUGGAUCUCCCGUUUUCCAAGACCCGUCCGCGGAGCCGACAUACCCAAGGGAGCCCAGAUCUGCCGUGACUCCAACCUCGCCCAUUUCAUCAAUAGAAGCUGCUAAUCACACAGCUGACACCGUAGUGGAUGCAUCUGCAAAUGGUGUGUGCCGCGAACAUGAUAGGCGAACAAACACUGAACAGUCGACGCCGUUCGGCCUGCCGGCGGAGCUGCGGCUGGCGGCACUGUCGCGGCGGCGUGCUCGCGUGCUGGCGGCGCGCUCGGACCGCUACCUGCACACGCUCGCCACCGUCGCUGUCUUCUACGCGCUGCCCGUCGUGCAGUUUGUCAUCGCUUUCCAACUGUUCAUGAAUGUAUCCGGUGCUCUGGACCUGUGCUACUAUAACUUCUUGUGCGCGCACCCGGCCGGCGAGGUGAACGACUUCAACCACGUGUUCUCCAACAUCGGCUACUUGCUGCUCGGCGCACUCUUCUUACUACAGCUGCGCCGGCGCAAACAGGCACGGAAGAGGGCGCCCAGGGACGAGGAGUACGGUAUCCCGGCGCAUUAUGGGCUGCUGUCGUCGCUCGGCGUCGCCAUGAUGGUAGUGGCGCUGCUCUCAGCUACUUACCACAUUUGCCCUAAUCGCCUCAACUUCCAAUUCGACACGGCGUUCAUGUACGUGAUGUCUGUACUGGCGAUGGUGAAGAUCUACCAGGCGCGCCAUCCCGACGUCAACGCGCGUGCUCACGCCACUUUCGGCGUGCUCGCCGUACUCAUCGCAUUUGGUGUAUGGGGAGUGUUGGGCGGCGGCUCUUUCUUCUGGGCGGUGUUCACGGUGCUGCACGUGUUUACUUUCUUAAUGCUAUCUCUACGCAUCUACUACAUUGGACAAUUUCGACUUGAAAAGGAGACAUUGCAGAGGGCGGCGCGCGAGCUGCGCUCAGUGCCGACGACGGGCAUCAAGCCGCUGUACACCCCGCGACUCGUCAUGCUGAUAAUCGCCAACGCUGUCAACUGGGCCUUCGCGCUUUAUGGGCUGCUGAUACAGAGCGCAGACUUCGCUUCCCAUCUCCUGAACUUGCUGCUGUGCAAUACCCUCAUGUACAUGAUAUUCUACCUGGUAAUGAAGAUACUGCACGGCGAGCGGCCGCGUUGGUACGUGUGGUGCUUCCUGCUGGGCGCGUUGGCGGCGUGGGGGCCCGGCCUCUACUUCUUCAUGUCGGGCAGUUCAAGCUGGUCGAGCACGCCGGCACAAUCCCGCCAACUCAACCACGAGUGCCAUCUUCUCCAAUUCUAUGACUCGCACGACCUCUGGCACAUGCUAUCAGCCAUCGCUCUCUUUUUUAGUUUCAAUACGCUGCUCACGUGGGACGAUGGGCUUGCCGCCGUCAAACGUACCGAAAUAGCAGUUUUUUAAUUAUGUACUUUUUUAAAUUUAGAAUGUUAAUAAAUGUUAAGAUAAUAUUCUUA